AUGUUGUGGCAGUUAUUUUUGAUGUGCACCCUGGUAUGGCUCCUGGUUGUGCGAUGGCAGAACAGGGGCAAAAGGGCUAUGGCCAAGUAUUUGAGAAAUGAUUUAGAUACUUUACCAUUUCUGGGAAUCAGCCAUAAAUUUAUCGGCAGUGAUGAAGAUCGUAUGACAACUUUGAGUGAAAUCGCCGCAGACUGUAACAGACAUGAUGGAAUCACUGCGGUUUGGUUGGCAAACCGCAUUUUUGUCGUUAUAACCGACCCAGUGGAAGCUGAAGCAGUAUUGAAGAAUUGCUUGGAGAAAGACAACAUCCUCCGCUUCGUCAGAACUCUCACUGGAAACGGCAGUAUAUUCGCACCAGAAACAACAAUGGGUACGAAAUUGGGCAUACAAAAGCAGGACAACCACCCCUUCUUGGCGAACUUUGAAAGGUUCACCGAAUUGGUGACAGCGCGCACCCUGAUGCCUUGGCUCCACACAGACUUCGUAUACAAGUUCACACCUUACUAUAAAAAAAACACCGAAAUUGUUAACUACAUGACCAGUUUUGUCACUAAGAUCAUAAAAGAAAAACGUAAGGAUAUAGAAGAUGGCAGCAACAAGAAAAAUGCAAUCGAUGAACAAAAUAAUGAUACGGGCAGACCAGCCACGAAGACGUUCCUGGAACUGCUCAUUGACUACUCCGGGGGAGACAAGGGCUAUACAAACCUGGAGCUGCAGGAGGAGACAAUGGUGAUGCUCUUGGCCGGAACUGACACCUCAGCAGUAGGAGCCUCCUUCGUUAUGGUCAUGCUGUCCAAACACCAGGAUGUGCAGGAGAAACUGUUUCAAGAGUUAUUGGAAGUCUUAGGUGAUGAAGAGAGACCCGUCACAGCUGAAGACCUGCCUCGCUUCAAGUACCUGGACGCAGUGGUGAAGGAAACUCUGCGCUUGUACCCACCAGUGCCCAUCACCGCAAGGACGACCGACAAAGACUACGUUUUACCUUCUGGUAAAAAGAUCGUGAAAGGAACCGGAGUGAUCAUCCACAUAUGGGGAACACACAGAAACCCGAAGUACUGGGGUCCCGACGUGGAUGUCUUCAGACCUGAGAGAUUUUUAGAUCUCCAACUAGCUCAUCCUGCAGCCUACAUGCCGUUCAGCCACGGGCCUAGGAAUUGUCUUGGUUACCAAUACGCCACUAUGUCCAUGAAGACGGCAAUCGCGACAUUGGUCAGGAGGUAUAAAGUCGUACCGGCGGAGCACAUCGUCCAAGACGGCGAGAAACCUCUCAGGGUCAAGUUCGACAUCAUGAUGAAACACGUAGACAAGUUCCAAAUACAACUAGUCCGUAGAAAAUGA